UUUACAAUAAACAAUGGAGCACUGGUAAAAAUUCGUUUAAAUAGUAAGAAAUCGGUGGCAAUUGUCAGUAUCAAAUGAGAUGUGUUAAGAAAAUUUAACAAAAUGCGUUUGGUGCUUAUUGGUGUAUGUUUGAUAGUUUAUCUUGGAACUAUACAGACGACCGAGGCAUGUGCAAGGUGCGAAAAACCCGAAACGAUCAUAAACUGCUUCCAAAAAUACUUCCAUUGUGUAAAUUCAACAUCGUUUCUGAAAUGCGCACCCUACGGCCCGAUUUCACUUGCUUUUUCAAGCCAGACCGUUUUCCAAUGUCCUGAAGGACUAAUAUGUGCCUUUGCCAACGACAAACCUUGCGUAGCGCCCUCAGAAACUAGUUCCACCACUGAAUGUCCUUCAGAGAGCACCUCUACAGUGACCACUAAAAAGCACGUUACUACUCCAUCUGGAACAACCCAGUCUAGCCAUGAUACAACUACUCGCGAAAGCUCAACGUCGAAAGCUCCAAGCAGCUCGAGCUCUGCUUCUAGCAGUACUACUGCAUCAUCGACACUUUCUAGUAGUUCAUCAUCUAGCAGCAGUACUGAAACAUCUUCUAAAGGAACAAGUCUACCAACCACCAGUUCUCCAGAUAAACCAGCAACAAGAAACACCAAUUCAACAAGCACUUCCGCUGAUGAAGUUACCUCUGGUAUAGAAACCACAGCAACUUUGCCAUCAGGUGACUCACAUACUGACACCCCAUCUACAACCACCAAUAGUUCACCGGGCAGCAGUACUGGUACGUCCUCGUCCAUCGCAACUAGUAGCAAUUUCCCAUCAAGCACCGGGAGUUCGUCACAAAAAACGUCUUCUACCAGUGAAGCUACCCCAAAAACAACUCUAGUUCCUAUUACAAUCAGCAGUGGCCCUUCCUUACCUACAGGAACUAGUGAAUCCUCAACCCCAAGCGCCACACAAACUCCUGCCAUUAGUGAAAGUACACCAUCAAGUAUCAAGACUAGCGAAAGUACAUCCCAAGGAACGUCUUCUACCAGUGCAGCUACCUCAAAAACAAGUAUAGGUCCCAUAACAAUAACCAGUGGCUCCCCGUUAUCUACAGAAACUAGUGAAAGUGCACCAUCAAGUACUGAGACUAAUGAGAGUUCGUCGGGUAGCAGCAGUGGCUCUUCCUUACCAUCAAGUGAAUCUUCGACCCCAAGUAACACACAAACUCCUACCACUAGAGAAAGUUCACCAUCAAGUACCAAGACUAGCCAAAGUUCAUCACAAGAAACGUCUGCUACCUCGAAACCAAGUGUAGGUCCCACUACAAUCAGCAGUGAGUCUCCUUCAUCUACAGAAACUACUGGAAGUACACAAUCAAGUAUUGAAACUAGUGAGAGUUCGUCAGGUAGCAGCAGUGGCUCUUCGUUACCUACAGAAACUAGUGAAUCUUCAACCCCAAGGGACACACAAACGCCAGGCUCUAGUGAAACUUUACCGUCAAAUACCAAGACUAGCGAGGGUUCAUCCCAAGAAACGUCACCUACCUCAAAACCAAGUACAGGUCCUAUAACAACCAGCAGUAACUCUCCUUUAUAUACAGAAACUACUGAAAGUACACCAUCGAGUACUGAGACCAGUGAGAGUUCGUCAGUUAGCAGCAGUGGCUCUUCCAGUUCACCCACAGAAACUACUGAAUCUUCAGACUCAACUGACACAGAGACCCCUAGCUCUAGUGCAGCAUCAACAUCAAGUGAGAUCACUUCAAGUAACGAGACUAGCGAGAGUUCAUCCCUACCUACAGUAACUAAUGAAAGUACACCAUCAAGUACUGAAGCUUCAACCCCAAGAGACACUCAAACUCCUAGCUCAAGUGAAAAUUCACCAUCAACUACCAAGACUAGCGAGGGUUCAUCCCAAGCAACGUCUCCUACCAGUAGCGCCACCUCAAAACCAAGCAUCAUCCCAACUAGCAGUGAGUCUCCGUUAUCUACAGAAACUAGUGAAAGUACACAAAAAAGUACCGAGACUAGUGAGAGUUCACCAGGUAGCAGCAGUGCCUCUUCUGUACCUACAGGAGCAAGUGAAUCUUCGACCCCAAGUAACACACAAACUCCUGGAACAAGUGGAAGUACACCAUCGAGUACUGAGACUAGUGAGAGUUCGUCAAGUAGCAGCAGUGGCUCUUCGUUACCUACAGAAACUAGUAAAUCUUCAACCACAAGUGACACACAAACGCCUGGCUCUAGUGAAACUUUACCGUCAAGUACCAAGACUAGCGAGGCUUCAUCCCAAGAAACGUCACCUACCUCAAAACCAAGCACAGGUCCUAUAACAACCAGCAGUAACUCUCCUUUACAUACAGAAACUACUGAAAGUACACCAUCGAGUACUACGACCAGUGAGAGUUCGUCAGUUAGCAGCAGUGGCUCUUCCAGUUCACCUACAGAAACUACUGAAUCUUCAGACUCAACUGACACAGAGACCCCUAGCUCUAGUGCAGCAUCAACAUCAAGUGAGAUCACUUCAAGUAACGAGACUAGCGAGAGUUCAUCCCUACCUACAGUAACUAAUGAAAGUACACCAUCAAGUACUGAAGCUUCAACCCCAAGAGACACUCAAACUCCUAGCUCAAGUAAAAAUUCACCAUCAACUACCAAGACUAGCGAGAGUUCAUCCCAAGCAACGUCUCCUACCAGUAGCGCCACCUCAAAACCAAGUAUCAUCCCAACUAGCAGUGAGUCUCCGUUAUCUACAGAAACUAGUGAAAGUACACAAAAAAGUACCGAGACUAGUGAGAGUUCACCAGGUAGCAGCAGUGCCUCUUCUGUACCUACAGGAGCAAGUGAAUCUUCGACCCCAAGUAACACACAAACUCCUGGAACAAGUGGAAGUACACCAUCGAGUACUGAGACUAGUGAGACUUCGUUAGGUAGCAGCAGUGGCUCUUCCAGCUUACCUACCGAAACUACUGAUUCUUCAGAAUCAACUGACACAGAGACCCCUGGCUCUAGUGAAACUUCAUCAAGUGACGCCACUACUGAAAAUGCACCUACAAGUGACGAAAACAGCGAGAGUUCUUCUGUAUCUACAGUAACUAAUGAAAGUACACCAUCAACUACUGCAGCUUCAACUCCAAGAGACACACAAACUCCUGCCUCAAGUAAAAAUUCACCAUCAAGUACCAAGACUAGCGAGAGUUCAUCCCAAGGAACGUCUCCUACCAGUGGUGCUACCUCAAAAACGACUAUAGGUCCCAUUACAACCAGCAGUAUCGCCUCGACAACUACAGAAAGUAGUGAAAGUACAACAUCGAGUGCUGAGACUAGUGAAAGUUCGUCAGGUAGCAGCAGUGGCUCUUCCAGCUUACCUACAGAAACUACUGAGUCUUCAAACUCAACUGACACAGAGACACCUAGUUCUAGUGAAACUUCCUCAUCAAGUGACGUCACUACUGAAAGUUCACCUACAAGUAACGAGACAAGCGAGAGUUCAUCCCUGUCUACAGUAACUGAUGAAAGUACACCAUCAAGUACUGAAGCUUCAACCCCAAGAGACACACAAACUUCUGGCACAAGUGAAAAUUCACCAUCAAGUACUAAAACUAGCGAGAGUUCAUCCCUAUCUACAGAAACUAGUGAAAGUACACAAAAAAGUACCGAGACUAGUGAGAGUUCGCCAGGAAGCAGCAGUGGCUCUUCCGUACCUACAGGAGUAAGUGAAUCAUCGACCCCAAGUAACACACAAACUACUGGAACAAGUGGAAGUACACCAUCGAGUACUGAGACUGGUGAGACUUCGUCAGGUAGCAGCAGUGGCUCUUCCAGCUUACCUACAGAAAUAACUGAGUCUUCAGACUCAACUGACACAGAGACACCUGGCUCUAGUGAAACUUCCCCAUCAAGUAACGCUUCUACUGAAACUUCACCUACAAGUGACGAGACAAGCGAGAGUUCAUCCCUAUCUACAGAAACUAGUGAAAGUACACAAAAAAGUACCGAGACUAGUGAGAGUUCGCCAGGAAGCAGCAGUGGCUCUUCCGUACCUACAGGAGUAAGUGAAUCAUCGACCCCAAGUAACACACAAACUACUGGAACAAGUGGAAGUACACCAUCGAGUACUGAGACUAGUGAGACUUCGUCAGGUAGCAGCAGUGGCUCUUCCAGCUCACCCACAGAAACUACUGAGUCUUCAGACUCAACUGACAUAGAGACACCUAGUUCUAGUGAAACUUCCUCGUCAAGUGACGCCACUACUGAAAGUUCACCUACAAGUAACGAGACAAGCGAGAGUUCAUCCCUGUCUACAGUAACUAAUGAAAGUACACCAUCAAGUACUGAAGCUUCAACCCCAAGAGACACACAAACUCCUGGCACAAGUGAAAAUUCACCAUCAAGUACCAAAACAAGCGAGAGUUCAUCCCAAGGAACGUCUCCUACCAGUAGUGCUACCUCAAAAACAAGUGUAGGCCCCAUCACAACCAGCAGUGAGUCUCCGUUAUCUACAGAAACUAAUGAAAGUACACAAAAAAGUACCGAGACUACUUCACCAGGUAGCAGCAGUGGCACUUCCGUACCUACAGGAGCAAGUGAAUCUUCGACCCCAAGUAACACACAAACUCCUGGAACAAGUGGAAGUACACCAUCGAGUACUGAGACUAAUGAGGCUUCGUCAGGUAGCAGCAGUGGCUCUUCCAGCUUACCUACAGAAACAACUGAGUCUUCAGACACAGAGACACCUGACUCUAGUGAAACUUCCUCAUCAAGUGACACCACUACUGAAACUUCACUUACAAGUGACGAGACAAGCGAGAGUUCAUCUCUGUCUACAGUAACUAAUGAAAGUACACCAUCAAGUACUGAAACUUCAACCCCAAGAGAAACACAAACUCCUGGCUCAAGUGAAAAUUCACCAUCAAGUACCAAGACUAGCGAGAGUUCAUCCCAAGGAACGUCUCCUACCGGUAGUGCUACCUCAAAAACAAGUAUAGGUCCCAUUACAACAAGUAGUAUAGUUCCGACAACUACAGAAAGUAGUGAAAGUACAACAUCGAGUACCAAGACUAGUGAGAGUUCGUCAGGUAGCAGCAGUGGCUCUUCCAGCUUACCCACAGAAACUACUGAGUCUUCAGACACAGAAACACCUGACUCUAGUGAAACUUCCUCAUCAAGUGACGAGACUAGCGAGAGUUCAUCCGUAUCAAGUGAAAGUGCACCUACAAGUCACGAGACUAGCGAGAGUUCAUCCCUAUCUACAGUUCCAGGUAGCAGCAGUGGCUCUUCCAGCUCAUCUACAGAAACUACUAAAUCUUCAGACUCAACUGACACAGAGACUCCUGCCUCUAGUGAAACUUCAUCAUCAAGUGGAGCCACUACUGAAAGUUCACCUACAAGUGACAAGACUAGCGAGAGUUCAUCCCUGUCUACAGUAAUUAAUGAAAGUACACCAUCAAGUACUGAAGCUUCAACCCCAAGAGACACACAAACUCCUGGCUCAAGUGAGAAUACACCAUCAAGUUCCAAGACUAGCAUGAGUUCAUCCCAAGGAACAUCUCCUACCAAUAGUGCUACCUCAAAAACAAGCAUAGGACCAAUCACAACUAGCAGUGACUCUCCCUUGUAUACAGAAACUACUGAAAGUACACCAUCGAGUACUGAGACUAAUGAGAGUUCGCCAGGUAGCAGCAGUGGGUCUUCCAGCUCAUCUACAGAAACUACUGAAUCUUCAGACUCAACUGACACAGAAACUCCUGGCUCUAGUGAAAUUUCAUCAUCAAGUGAAGCCACUACUGAAAGCUUAUCUACAAGUGACAAGACUAGCGAGAGUUCAUCCCUGUCUUCAGUAACUAAUGAAAGUACACCAUCAAUUACUGCAGCUUCAACCCCAAGAGACACACAAACUCCUCGCUCAAGUGAAAAUUCACCAUCAAGUACCAAGACUAGCGAGAGUUCAUCCCAAGGAACGUCUCCUACCAGUAGUGCUACCUCAAAAACUAGUAUAGGUCCCAUCACUACCACUAGUGACUCUCCCUUAUAUACAGAAACUACUGAGAGUACACCAUCUAGUACUGAGACUAGUGAGAGUUCGUCAAGUGGCAGCAGUGGGUCUUCCAGUUCAUCUACAGAAACUACUGAAUCUUCAGACUCAACUGACACAGAGACUCCUGGAUCUAGUAAAACUUCGUCAUCAAGUGAAGCCACUACUGAAAGUUCACCUACAAGUGACAAGACUAGCGACAGUUCAUCCCUGUCUACAGUAACUAACGAUAGUACACCAUCAAGUACUGAUGCUUCAACCCCAAGAGACACACAACAUCCUGGCUCAAGUGAAAAUUCACCAUCAAGUACCAAGACUAGCGAGAGUUCAUCCCAAGGAACGUCUCCUACCAGUAGUUCUACCUCAAAAACAAGUAUAGGUCCCAUUACAACCAGCAGUGACUCUCCCCUAUAUACAGAAACUACUGAAAGUACACCAUCGACAACUGAGACUAGUGAGAGUUCGACAGGAAGCAGCAGUGGCUCUUCCAGCUCAUCUACAGAAACUACUGAAUCUUCAGACUCAACUGACACAGAGACUCCUGGCUCUACUGAAACUUCAUCAUCAAGUGAAGCCACUACUGAAAGUUCACUUACAAGUGACGAAACUAGUAAGAGUUCUUCCCUAUCUACAGUAACUAACGAAAGUACACCAUCAAGUACUGAAGCUUCAACCCCAAGAGACACACAAACUCCUGGCUCAAGUGAAAAUUCAACAUCAAGUACCAAGACUAGCGAGAGUUCAUCCCAAGGAACGUCUCCUACCAGUAGUGCUACCUCAAAAACAAGCAUAGGACCCAUCACAACCAGCAGUGACUCUCAUCCCUUGCAUACAGAAACUACUGAAAGUACAUCAUCAAGUACUGAGACUAAUGAGAGUUCGCCAGGUAGCAGCAGUGGGUCUUCCAGCUUUUCUACAGAAACUACUGAAUCUUCAGUCUCAACUGAUACAGAGACUCCUGGCUCUAGUGAAAUUUCAUCAUCAAGUGAAGUCACUACUGAAAUUUCAUCUACAAGUGUCAAGACUAGCGAAAGUUCCCUGUCUUCAGUAACUAAUGAAAGUACACCGUCAAGUACUGAAGCUUCAACCCCGAGAGACGCACAAACUUCUGGCUCAAGUGACAAUUCACCCUCAAGUACCAAGACUAGUGAGAGUUCAUCCCAAGGAACGUCUCCUACCAGUAGUGCUACCUCAAAAACAAGUACAGGUCCCAUUACAACCAGCAGUGGCGCUCCGUCAACUACAGAAACUAGUGAAAGUACACCGUCAACUACUGAGACUAGUGAGAGUUCGUCAGGUAGCAGCAGUGGCUCUUCCAGCUCAUCUACAGUAACUACUGAAUCUUCAGACUCAACUGACAUAGAGACUCCUGGCUCUAGUGAAACUUCAUCAUCAACUGACGUCACUACUGAGACUAGUGAGAGUUCGUCGGGUAGCAGCAGUGGCUUAUCCAGCUCACCUACAGAAACUACUGAAUCUUCAGACUCAACUGACACAGAGACUCCUAGCUCUAGUAAAACUUCAUCAUCAAGUGACGCCACUACUGAAACUUUACCUAUAAGUGACAAGACUAGCGAGAGUUCUUCCCUAUCUACAGUAACUAAUGAAAGUACAGCAUCAAGCAGUACUGAAGCUACAACCUCAACAGACGCACAAUCUCCUAGCACUAGCGAGAGCUCGCACACAAGUACCAAUACUAGCGAGAGUUCAUCCCAAGAAACGUCUCCCACCAGUGGUACUACCUCAAGAACAAGUAUGGGUCCUAUUGCAACCAGCACUGACUCUCCCUUACAUACAGAAACUACUGAAAGUACACCAUCCAGUACUGAGACUAGCAAGAGUUCGUCAAGUAGCAGUAGUGCCACAUCCUUAUCUACAAAAACUACUGAGAGUACACAAUCAAGUACUGAGACUAGUGAGAGUUCGUCAGGUAGCAGCAAUGGCUCUUCCAGCUCACCUACAAAAACUACUAAAUCUUCAGACUCGACUGACACAGAGACUCCUGGGUCGAGUGAAACUUCAUCAUCAAGUACCACGACUAGCAAAAGUUCGACACCCUCUAGUAGUUCAUCAUCCAGCAGCAGUACUGAAACAUCUUCCAAAGGAACAACAUCCGGGACAAGUCCACCAACUACCAGUUCUCCAGAUAAACCUGCAACAAGAAACACCAAUUCAACAAGCACUUCCGGUGAUGAAGUUACCUCUGGUAUAGAAACCACAGCAACUUUGCCAUCGGGUGACUCACAUACUGACACCCCAUCUACAACCACCAAUAGUUCACCGGGCAGCAGUACUGGUUCGUCCUCGUCCAUCGCAACUAGUAGCAGUUUACCAUCAAGUACCGAGAGUUCAUCACAAAAAACGUCUCCUACCAGUAGCGCUACCUCAAAAACUAGUAUAGGUCCAAUUACGGGAAGCACCGAGUCUCCCUUACCUACAGAAACUAGUGAAUCUUCAACUCCAAGUCACACACAAACUCCUGGCUCAAGUGAAAGCUCACCAUCAAGUACCAAGACUAGCAUGAGUUCAUCCCAAGGAACGUCUCCUACCAGUAGUACUACCUCAAAAACAAGUCAUAUUACAACCAGUAGUGACUCUCCAAUAUAUACAGAAACUACUGAAAGUAAACCAUCGAGCAGCAGUGGCUCUUCCUCAUCUACGGAAAGUAAUGAGUGUACAGAAUCAAGUACUGAGACUAGCGAGAUUUCGACAGGUACUAGCAGUGACGUUUUCAUAUCUACAGAAACUAGUGAGUCUUCAACUCCAAGUGACACAGAAACUCCUGAUUCUAGUGAAAGUUCAUUAUCGACUGAUGCCACUAGUGAAAGUUCACCAACAGAUGAUGAGUCUAGCGAGAGUUCAUCCCUAUCUACAGAAACUGAUGAAAGUACACCAUCAACUAUUGAGACCAGUGAGAGUACAGAACCUUCAUCCGAAUCAUCCACCCCAAUAGAUUGUAAGACAACUACUAGAAAAUGGCAUACUUCAUCCGAUACACCUCCCACAAAUCCAACCGGUUCCACGCUACCUAGUCAUACUUCGUCUUCUUGGGAACCGCAGGAAACUACUACAUCCGUGUUCCCGCUGUUACCGUUCCAAUGCACUCGACCUGGUAAAUUCGCAGACACACAAAAUUGUUCGAAUUAUCACUUGUGCGUAGAUGCUGGCAACGGAACAUUUAUCGACCUUCCAGGGUACUGUCCUGAUGAAUUGCAAUAUGACUCAUCCAGUAAAACUUGUACAUCAUCUCCGGUACAGUGUCCAGGAGAACCACCGCUUUCAUGUGAGAACAAUGGUGUAUUUGAACAUGAAUACAGAUGUGGUAGAUACUACGCCUGCAGUUAUAAUUACUUCUACCAUAGAUUCGAGCAAAAACAGUACCUAUGUCCUCUAUAUCACAAAUAUUCCGAGGAAGCUGGAUCAUGUGUGGCAUCGGCAGACUGUAAACCAGAGAAUAAUCACAAGUUUACGUGUCGCUACCCCGGCCAGUUCCCAGUUCCAGAAAAUUGUACAGAUUUUUUCAUUUGCGUACUCGACAAUCAUGGACGAUUCGUCAAACUUAGAAAGAGUUGCAGCAAUGACGCAUACUUCGACAGAGCCAAACAAAAAUGCCGUAAACAUUGCCUAGUAACCAAUUGUCCGUUCAAUAAUGAUGAUCUGCCUGUUUCAUAGUUAACGAAAUACGACAUUUAAGUAUAUGAAUUAAUUGUUUAUAGAUGUACCAUCGUCACCAAAAGUAACUGGGACAGCAUCACAUUAGCUCUUGUCCUAUUAUAUGAAUUUUAUUGUCAAAUAUUUGUCAAACUAUAAUUUAAAUGCAUUGGAAUGAAUGACAGUAGAAUUAGUCCAGGAGAUUAUUAUGCAUUAUUGGUGUCCUAGAUACUUUUGGUGACGAUGGUACCUAUAUGUUUUAGUAUUAUUGAAAAUAAAGAUUUAUUUGCAUACAUCAA